AUGGCGACAGCCGCUACAGCCCACCCUCACCACCAGCCGCACCAAAUGUACCGCUUGUCACAGAGCCCCGUCAUCGGCCACCAGCAGAGCUUCAGACCUCCGCACCAACGCUCCCUAUCGCAGCAGCACCUGCUUGGAGGGCAGUCGACACCCACACUGGGCGGUAAUGAGGGGUUUGAGGUGUCGCCAUCAAAGCGUCAAAGAGUUUCAAUGGACGAUGGGAGGCGAAGGAGAAGCGCAUCCCUGGUCCAGAGCCCGAUGCCGGCGGCAGCAGCAGGCCUUCACUCCAGCAGCACGCCGCCGCCCGGAGCGAUCAGCAAGGAGAUGCGGGCCAGGAUGAGCGCGAGUCCUGCUGCGGGGGAUAGGAAGCGCCCGUCGAUGGCCCGCGCGGUCGCGGCCGCAACAAGCGCAGCGGCCACCGUCGACGACAUGUCUUCCCCAACGGCUGCUACCCCUGUCGCGGCGAACAAGCCGAGGCGCGUGAGGACAGGAUGCCUCACGUGUCGAGAGCGGCAUCUCAAAUGUGACGAGGGCACGCCCGAUUGUCUGAACUGCAGGAAGAGCAACCGUGAGUGUAAGCGGGGUGUGCGGCUGAACUUUAUUGACGUGCAAGUCAAGAGCCCGCCGUACAUACCGUCAACGGCAGAGUGGUCAGUUCGCUUUGAAGACGAGUCGCGGGCUAUAGCGUCAGAAUACAAGGGUGGGUUGGGAAGAUAUGCGCACAUCGAUACGCGAACUAUCACGCCACCCCGAGAAACAGACUUGGAGGCGGUUCUUCAACAAUACAGAUCAGAAACGGGGAACGCUUCGAGCUUGGCAAUGAUCAGCGAGACCAGCACCUCGAUGCCCACGUCGACGUAUAGCGCAAAACCAGUUGACAAUCCCGUCGACCGCAGGUAUACCAGCUUUCAAAUGGCGCAGGCUCAGCAGGCUCAGAAGAGCAGUGAUUACAUGGGAAACACUGGCGGCAGCUCACAGGCGGCCAUGGAAGCAGGCGGCAGUGCAGGCAACUUCAACCUGGCGACUCUGCAGGAUCAGUACAGCAUGCAGGAGAACGAGUCGGGCAUGCGAGGCCACCAACACAAAAACAGUGACGUCUCGAGUGUAGCAUCACAAGGCGUCGGACCACCUUCGAACAGCUCUGUACGUGAAACCCAGGAUAGCAGCCAACCCAAGGUGUCGGAUGGGUUGGUCACACCACCGUCCGAGGGCGUGGCUACGGGGGAACGCGACUACCUCAACUCGCCCGAGGAGAUCAAGUACAUGCAGGUCUUUGUGGAAGAGGUGGGCGUCUGGAUGGACAGCUUCGACAAGGAAAAGCACUUUAGCCGCGUCAUACCAUACCUCGCGCUCAAGUCGCCCAUGCUACUCAACGCCUUCCUGGCCUGUGGCGCCAAGCAGCUGACGCUGGUUCGACCCAACGAGAACCUGCAUGACCACCGAGCUCUCUGCUACUACGACACGGCGACCACGCAACUGCUCCGAAGCCUAUCAAACCCAGACCGAAACAUGGCCGAGUGCGCAACCACGGCCGUGGUCCUCAACGUCUACGAGAUCAUGAGCGACAAGCCAGCCAAGCGCAUGAACCACAUCGCCGGAGCCAGAGCCCUGAUUCGCGAAUGUGGCUGGAACGCCAAGACCAAGGGGGUCGGCUCGGCCUGCUUCUGGCUCAACAUCGGCAUGGAGGUCCUCUCGUGCCUCGCCUUCAACUGGCAGACGGCCUGGCACCCGGACGACUGGGGGCUGGACAUGGGGUUCCUGACGGAGGACCCAGAGAGCGGCAGCCCCAAGGAGGCGGCCAAGAAGGAGGCGGAGAACACGUUUGGGGGCAGCGGCGACGAGGACGAGGAGUGGGUCCACAGGAUCUUUUACAUCGUGGCCAAGAUCGCCAGCUUCCGGGCCAACAUACCCAGGUUCCAGGAGCCGUCGCCGCACGACGAGCAGGUGAGGCUGCAGAGCCGCUUUGCCGAGUGGAAGAGCCUAAAGGCGCUGUGUGACGCCUGGUGCAACAACUGCCCCAGGCCUAUGAGGCCGUUUGGGUACCUAUUCCCGUCGCAGACACGGACCCAGUCUGCCUUUCCGAACGUCUGGCUCAUCAAGCGCGCCGCCGUCAUCGGCCGUCUCUUCUACCAUACUGCAAUGUGCCUUCUGGCCCAGAUCAACCCCGUCAACCCCCGCGACUCGGAGGAAAACAUGGCCGCGCAGCUGCAACACGCCCAUCAGGUCUGCGGCAUCGUUGCGCACACCAAGGACAACGGCAUCGCCUCUGUGGCCCUGCGCAGCUUGGCCAUCGCAGCGGCCGUGCUGCGUGAUCGUCGGGAGCAGGAAGAGGUUGUCGCGAUAUUCGAUCGCAUCACGCGCGAGACCGGCUGGAGGCUGGGCAAAGUCUACCUGGAGCUCGAGAAGAGCUGGGGCUGGAAGCCAGAGCCCCCGAAGCAUGGGGGAGCGACCAGCUCGGAUGGAUGCAGCAAUAGGUGUGGUAAUAGCGGCGGCAGCGACAAUGCAAGCACCCGGACGAGUGCAUCCUCAUCUGCCAUCCCUCAGAGCCAAAGCCAAAGCCAGAGCCAAAGUCAGAACCAGAGCCAAAAUAAGAGCCAGAGCCAAAGCCAGAGUCAAGGCCAGGGCCAGAGCCAGAACCAAAACCAGAACCAAGGUCAGGGCCAGACCCAAACCCAGAGCCAGAGCCAGAGCCAGGGCAAGGCUACUGCAGCGCCCGCCAACCCAAUUGCAAUGUCUGCUGCAAUGGCGGCAGCCCCCAUGCGUCAACCUCCGCCCAAGCUUCAACGGCCGCAUAGCAACCCGUCGCCUCGUCCCCAACCAUCACGUCGAUCUUCAGGGAUUGCGCCAACCGCUUCCCCAGUGGGCAUGGUAUCUGGUACCUCGGGGCCACAGCAACCGCCUCUCCUGAUCACCAGUUUCCCUUCGAUGCAGCAGCAGCAGCAGCAGCAGCAGCAGCCACAACAACAACAACAACAACAACAACAAUACUUUUCGCCGCAGCAUCAACAUCCUCAUCAAAUGACCACCCCCACGCAGCAGCCGACACCGACGCGGCCGCUGGUCAACCCUCUGCUCUCGAGGGCAGAUUUCAGUCUACCUGAUCACCCGUACCAGAAUUGGUACCAACCGCCAAACCACACGAAUCAGUUCAACUCGCAAGGGUUCUGGUCUGGUUGA